GGAAAGAGGAGGAGAAGAAGAAGAAGAAGGAGAAGACGACGAAGAAGGAGAGGAAGAAAAGGAAAGGAGAAGAAAAGGAGAGAAAAGAGAGGAUCGACGUCCCAAGUCGGAGCAAGGACGAGGACGACGGCGGCGGCUACGGUACGUUAGCAGCCAAGUGUCCUGGGGGUGAAUUAGCGCGAGGGUGGAGUACAACUUGCGCAAUAAUGGCGGAGGUUGCAACGAAGAAGUCAAUAAGCGUAGUAAGUAACAAGAAGAACGAGGUUUGCGGUGUUCAAUCUAACAACGGUUUGAUCGAUUUGGAUAACAUUACCGCGACACAUAACAAGCAACUAAUAUCUCUUUGUGACAACAACGACGACGAGGACGAUCUCGUUUUAACUAACAACACGCGCAACGAAUUGGCUACGGAAGACAAGAGCCUUCAGGAAUUGAUAGAAAAUGAAUUGGCCUUGAGAAUAUGUUCAAACAACGGUGAUAAAAAGAUGGAUAAGAAGAACGAUGAUGAUGACGAGAAUGACGUUGUAGAUGAUGAUAAUAACGAUGAUAAUAUCGAUAAUAUCGAGGAUGAAAAGAAUCGAUUGGUAAAAAUGAAUGAAAUCGAAGAAGAUGAAGAACAACAACAACAACAACAACAACAACAGCAACAAUCCGGUCAAUCGGAUACGGUAAAAAGGAUUCUAUUUGACCGACAGGACGAUCAGUUUAGGGUUAAUACAGAUUUCAUUGUUGCCGAAUUAGAACAUUGUGCAUUGAUCGAGGAACCAUACGGUUAUCAAAAUGGCCACGUAUCGCCUAUAAUAACCAACAAUGUAAAAUCCGAAGAACAUAAUAAUGAGAUUAAAAAGGAACUCGUAGAUUUUGAUAAGGAUAAGAUCGAUGAUGUAAAGGAAACAUUUAUGAUCGAUCAGAUCGAUCGUGAAAGAAACAAGAAGGAAGAGGAUGAUAAAGAUAAAGAGGAAGAGAUGAAUGUCGAAAAAGUUGAGAAGGAUUUAUUCCUAAGAUCUAAUAAAAUACACGACGAAAAUGUAAUACCUAAUCUCGAUGACGUUAAAUUUGAAAUUGACGAUAACAGCGUUGAUAUUGAAUCUAAUCGUUCAACAGAGAUUAAUAUUUCUAACUUUAUGGAUAAUCCUUCUCCUUUAUCUUGUCGCAACAAGUAUCAACAGGAGGAGGAGAAGGAGGAGGAAGAGGAGGAGGGAUUGAUCGAUAAUAAAUCAUUCUCAAACAAUACAUUUGAUCGCAUUGAAACUGAGAUCAUUGAUGAUGAAUUAUCUGAAAAGAAAAUUAUCGAUCGUACGGAUGAUACGUGGAUGAACAAACGAGAUGAGGGUGAACAAUCGGAAGGACAAUUUUCCGAUAAUUUUGAGGAUCCUGAUAAAUUUUCUAUGACGUCGAUUAACAAUGAUAAAUUAAAUACUAUCGAUACGAAUGAAUCUCUAAUAGAUAAUAAUAAGAUGGAAUAUUUUCGUAACGACGAUAAUAUCGUCGUUGGAAAUCAAUCGAUUAACGAAUCUACAACUAUGAUCGCAGAGAUUACGAACAACAAUAGCAAGGUCAUCGAAAGUCCACAGGAUGUUUCGUCGAAUAAAUCGAGAAGUUUCGACGACGUUACUUUGAGCCAAUCGGAAACGUCGACCGACGCAGCUAGUACCCAAGAAUUCAUAGACAUGGAACGUCGUGUAUUGAGCGAGGAAAACGAAUCGAUUAAUAUUGAACGUAAUAACGACGAUGAUAACAAACGUUUUUCGGAGGAUGAUUUAGAUCUUAGGAACGACGUUCAAUCGUUAAAAACUUAUAACAAAGAUACAACCAAGGAAUUUGAUUUUGAGGAGGCUAAUGAUAUCAGAAACUUCGAAAGAUUUGAAAUUAAUGAUACACGUCAACAAUUGACGGAUUCAACGAUUUUGUUAGAAAAAACGGAGAUUGUCGUAAGCGCCAAAAAUGUAGCUAUCCUUUCCGAAACCAACAAACGUGUCGAAUCAUUUAUGAUCGAUAAAACCGAUCGAUCUACCACCGAUCAAAUUAAUAAAUUCGACUCGUGGAUGACCGUUGAGGAAGCAACGAGAAUCGAGGAGGAUGUUGAAAUCGAAAAGGAGAGACACCAUGAGGAAAUAUUGACGAUAGAAAGGGAGGACACUAACGAAACGAUCAUAACUGAUAGCGAUAGGUCGACUCAAGACGAUCACCUUGCUGCUUCCUCUCCCCGUGCACCCUUAGCCACUCCGGAUGACGAGACGAGCGAUAUUAUUAACGUGUGCGAUAGCGAAAGUCGCGAGGAGAAGAUAACAACGACGAGCAGUACAACGUCGACAAUUACAACGGUGAUGAGCAGUUCGUCUAAGGGCGCUGCCGGUGUUACUAAUAAAACAAAGAAGAAGAAAAUCGAGGGGGUAGCUGGUAACGAUGCAUCCCCUAAUCUCACUCCACGUACUAAGAAAACUAAGAAGAGUAAGAAGAGUGAUUUAGAAAAGGAGAACAUAUCCGUGAACUCUGAUUUGCAAGACGCAAGCAUGCAUACUGGCUCGAGAAUGAUCAACCAAGAGAUGAUCGAUUUCUCCGACGAGGACGAUCUAUCGAAUGUCAACGUUAAAUCAUUGACACAGAAUUACGUGUCCGAGGCGAAACGUAACGAGCAGGAAAGAUCUAACAAGGAACGAAUCGCGACCGGUGUCUCUAUUAAACAGUUGUGUCGUAGCUUCGGCGACAUCUCGAACAUGAGCGAGGCUGAUCAGACUACUUUUGGAAGAACAAAUUCCAUGGAAAUCGAGGAGAAAGCAAAGUCGAUGGGUGAUCUGAGAGUAUGCGAGCAGGGUUUCUCCAAGUUCUGCAAAGACGCACCUGUCUUCGCCGGGGUGUCGGUCAAGGCCCUCAGGGCUUCCUACUGUAGUUUGGCAAACCUAACAAGCGAGGGUAAAGAGAAGGAUCAAAUUCUUGGGAGGCCGAGGUUUGAGAAAUCGAGUUUCAACAAGUUCGACGCACUGAGCAAAAAGACGGUUCUCCAUGUGCGCUCGGUCGAUGCAGGAAAAGUUCAACAACAAUUAAAUGCCGUGGGCCAAAAUGGCGAGGCAAACCAAAAUUGCCGGAGUUGCGGCAAGGUCGUGUUCCAAAUGGAACAGACAAAGGCCGAGGGUUUGGUCUGGCAUAAGAAUUGCUUCCGGUGCGUACAGUGCAGCAAGCAGCUUAACGUCGACAAUUAUGAGAGCCACGAGAGUACGCUUUACUGUAAGCCUCACUUCAAGGAACUCUUCCAACCAAAACCGGUCGAAGAGUCCGACCAAUCCGUGCGACCUCGAAAGCCGGAGCUGAUCAUACGGGAGAACGAGCCGAAAGAGUUGCCGCCCGAUGUGGUCAGAGCGUCCGACAAGCCAGACCUUGGAUUGGAAGAGUUGUCCAGUUUGAAUGUAAAGUCACGUUUCCAAGUCUUCGAAAAAGCUGGUACGGAAAAUACGACGAACGAGAUCGAAAGGUCGCCCUCUCAGAUAGCCGUGAAGAGAUCACCGAGUAUUCUCAGCAAACUUGCCAAGUUCCAAGCAAAAGGCAUGGACAUCGGGGUCGCGGACGAAUCUCUUAAUGGAAUACCGUACGAAGAAUCCAGCGAGAGCGAAGAGGAAGAACCGACUGAAGACAUUGAAGAAGUGGAAACCGAAAUCGUGAAAGCGAAACGUACGACUCGCGAACGUCCGAUAAGUUUCUCCAAAAUGGAUGAUAUAAAGAAUCGAUGGGAGAGCACCAGUCAACAAGGAAGACGUGAAGUUCAACGUGAAGCAAGGAAAGAGGAGAUUGCUGGAAUACGUUCGAGACUUUUUAUGGGCAAACAAGGUAAAAUGAAGGAAAUGUACCAGCAAGCGGUUGCCGGAAGCGAACGUGUAACGAAGAUAAACGCCGCGGAAGAAAUCCAACAUUCGACCCACGCUCGUUCUAUCAAAGAGAGAUUCGAAAGAGGCGAACCUAUCGCUGCGUCGGACGAUGAAACCGACAGCAAACCAAAACCGGAGAAGGCCGACGAAGAGGUCAUCGCUGCUGGUAUAAGCCGAAAAUCCCGGUCGCUGUUCUUAGAACUUGACGCUUCAGCAGCAAAAACGGGACGUCCUGUCACUCCGGUUAAUCCAAAAACACCAGCUGAUGCGCCAAGGCGUGCUCGUGACGCGUUCAUGGUUCGUCAAGUAUCGGACGACGUCGUACGCAGUUCGGACACAACCGAGGAGGUUCACGUCGAGACGUCGGAUAUUUCUAACAAGUUCAAAUUUUUCGAGUCUUACAAGGAACCAGAGAAACAACGGAAACAAUUUCGAAUUACACCGCCACGUGAUGGCCAAGUCAAGCAGAUGGAUUCGCCGGAGCGUGAAAUAUAUCGUGAUCCUGACGUUGUGAGGGCUGACGAUAGGGUGGACGAAGUCGUACACACGGACACAGCAAGAAAGAUGCUUUCGAUUUUCCGGCAAAUGGAGGAGAAUGCGUGCAAGGAGGAGUUGCCAGAGGGCCCGAAACCUUUGAAACGUUUCACGCCACCACCGGAGGACAAGUUUGCGAAACAAACAGCCUCCGAUUCCGAAGAGGAUGAAGAGGAGGAAGGUGAGGAGUCUGAAGCCGAUGAGAGUGCCGAGGAAAGAGAUCCAAAUUACGUCAGAGCCUCCGAUAAGGUGGAGGACGAAUUCUUAAAGCAGGCACAGAAUGCUGCGCGUGCCAAGACAUUGCGCGCGAAAUUCGAACACUGGGAAGAGACCGACGGUAAACCGAGUAAUCACAACAUUGCCGAGAUGGAAAUAGCUCAGAGUACAGGCGAUCAGUCGAGCAUAGAAUCAGCGAGCAGUCUUAGAGCUCGUUUCGAAUCACUCGGAUCACAGACCAAUGAGUCUCCUCGUGCGCCAAAAAUUAAAGUCAAUCGAUUUGUGUAAAGCGUGAAGUACGAAGACCUGCGACACCCGACGAGCAUGGAGAAAGACGAAAGAAGAAGAAGGAGAAGAAGAAAAAGAAGAAGAAGAAGAAGAAGAAAAUGAUAAUGAUGAUAAUCAUGAUAAUGAUGAUGAUGAAAGAAACGAAGAUUGAAAAACAAAAAGAAAGAAAAAGAAAAUGAAUGAGAAAAUCAAGAUGGAGGAAAGGGAAAGAGAGAGGGGAAAGAGAGAGAGAGAGAGAGAGAGAGAGUGAGUGAGUGAGUGAGAGUGAGAGAGAAACACAUAUACAAAUCGUCGAUAAUCAGAAAUUUAUAAAAAAAAAAAAAAAUUUAACCGAGCACUUUACCUCCCUCCCCCCUUCCCUCUCCCUCCCCCGAGAAGAAAUCGAAACGAGAAACAGAAGCGGCAAAAAAAAAAAAAAAAUUCGCGGAAUUAACGAAAGAAAAAAAAAAAAAACGAAAAAGACAAGAAAAGAAACGGAAAGAAGUGCAAAAUUUUCCUCUAUUCUUCUUUCCUUUCUCCUUCUUCUUUUUUUCUUUUUCUUAUUCAUUUUCAUUUUCUUUUUCUUCGUCUAACAAAAGCGUGUUAUUAUAUCUUACGCAUUAGUCGAGUAAAAACUUAGCCCGUAGAAGAGAUCGUGUAUAACAAGAAAAAAAACCCCCAACCUCCCCCCCAAUCUCCCCCCCCCCCAAAAAAAAAACAAAAAAGAAAACAAAGAAAAAAAAUACAAAAAAAAAAACCUUGCAGAAAUGAUAAGUAUGUCGCAUGAGUCAGAAUUAAAUAACGUCGUCGUUACUGUGUCGUGCGAGUAGCGAAUUAAAUGAAAUAAUACAGUUAGAAAGAAAGGAGAGAGAGAGAGAGAGAGAGAGAGAGAGAGAGAGAGAGAGGAGAAGAGAAAGAAGGAAAGAAAAAGUGAACAAAAAAAUUUUUCAUAAUUUUUUUUUUUUCUUUUUUGUUUUUUCUUCUUCUUCUCGAACAAGAGAGAAAAAAAACGGAGAUGAAAAUCGAUCGAAGAAAUAUUCGUUUGUCGUUUUUUCAAUGCGCGAAUCAAAAACAAAGCUAAAGAAAGAAAAACAAAAAGAAAGAAAAAAAAGAUAAUACACAAUUAAAAAAUUUAUUGGAGAAGAAAGAGGCGUGCUUAGUAAUCAAAUCGCACGGGAAAAGAUAAACGUGACACUUCGUUGAAUUAUACGCGUGAAAAUGUUUGAAAUCUUUUUUCUUUUUUUUUUUUUUUUUUAUUUUUAUUUUUUAUCUUUUCAUUUAAAAAAUGUUUAUUAUCUCUUAAUUUUCUCUUUCUAUAUAUAUAUAUUAUAUAUUUCAAUUUUCUUUCUGUUUUUUUUUUUUUUUUUUAAUUCAUUUAUUUUUUCGAUUUUUACGAAGAUAAACGAAGUUGGAUCGAAAACAUAUCCUCGAAUGUUUUACCGAACGUCGACGAAAACGAACGAUCGCUCACGAAGCUUUUUCUCCUGUCGGUUUCUUUCGUCGCACAAAUCUUGUACAUUGUAAUACGUCAUAUAUAUAUAUAUAUAUCGUUAUUAUUAUAUAUUAUAUAUUAUUACUAUUAUUAUCGAUAUAUUAAUAUUAUAUGAGAAUUAUUAUCAUUAUUAUAUAUCGUUGUCAGACGAACAUGAACAUGGGAAACUUGUGACAAUGCGAGGAUUAUUAAAAAAAAGAAAAAAAGAAAAAAAAUGAAACAAAAAAAAACAGAAAAAAGAACAUCGAAAACUCAACGGACACGUGUGCAAUAGUUCAUAUAUAUAUUUAAAAAAAAAUAUUUUUUUAACUUUAGCAUUCGCAAUCGAUUCGAAUAUAUAUAUAUAUAUAAAUUAUCAUAUAAUUUAUCCCUUUAAUAUUAUCUAUUCAGUAUUUCAUUCUCUUACUUUUUUUUUUGUAUAAAAAAAAAGGAAUAUUAAAGUAGUUAUACGAGUACAAUCGUAUCGUGUCGUUUUACGAAAUAUAAAAAUUUUUUUUCGAAAACAUCUAUUUAAUAUUAAAGAAUUUCAAAGAUAAAAGGAAAAAGUGCCAAAUGUAGAGAUUAUUAAAAUUUCUAAAGAAAUUUUAUAAAUAUAGAUUCGAUAACAAUAUACGUAUAUAUGUUUAUAGAUAUAUGUAUGAAUGCAUGCAUAUAUGUAUUUAUAUAUGUAAGUAUAUAUGUACAUUUUACACAUAAAACUGCCAUAAAUUUUCAUAGUAAUAAUAGACUUCGAAUAAUUCUCGCUUGUUCACAAAUUUCUCAUUGUUUUUUCGCUUUUUCGUUUCUACGAUUUGCAAAAGUGCCAAUACGUGCAAAUUGAUACGCGAUGCAACAGAAAAACAAAAAAGAAAUAAUAAUAAUAAUAAAUAAUAAUAAUAAUAAUAAUAAUAAUAAUUUUCUUCCAAAACAAAAGAAAAAAAGUGAAGAAUUUGAUGUUACACGACUAUGUUAAAAAGAAAGAAAAAAAAGAAAGAAAGAGAGUGAGAGAGAAAGAAAGACGGAAUUAGAGGUUAGAAUUCGCGGGCUUUUUAAAAAUGCUUUUAUAUAAAUAUAUAUAAAACGAAUUCGAACAGUUUACAUUUAAAAAGCUUUUUUCGUAGCGAAAAGAAAUCGUAGCUUUGAUAUAUAUGUAUAUAUAUAUAUAUAUAUAUAUAUAUAUAUAUAUAUAUAUAUAUAUACAAUAUAUGUAUAAACGUUGUCAUGUACGCGCGCCAGCCAAAAUAAUUUACUCUCUCAAGUGUUAUUUCGUCGUAAAUAGAUAUAAUUAUAAGCGAGCUUCCUCAAAAUACUUCGAAUUGACUGAUUAAAUGGCGUCUCGUGACGUCAGCAAGGGCGAAAAUGACAAUGGCGACGAUUAAAAACGAUGAAAAUGAACGCUUACGAAAGAAAGAAAAAGAGAAUGUAUUUGUUCCAUUUUUUUCUCUCUUUUUUUAUUCUUAUUUUUCUUUCUUUUUUUCCUUAUCUUUUUCUUUCUCUCUCUCUCUUUUUGUUUUUUAUAAUUUCUCACAAUAUGGCGGAUAAGAGAUAAUAAGUUUACGAGAAGUUUGAAGAAAAGAAAUUCGUAAAAUUUCUAUUUUAAUCGUGUGUCGGCCUACGGGAAGAUCUAAUCAACGAAUUAAGCUUUCUAAUAUGUAGAAAAAAGAGAGAGAAAUAGAGAGAAAAAAGGAGAGGGAGAGAGUGAGAGAGUGAGAGAGUGAGAUAGAGAGAUACACGCACAUGAUAUAUAUAUAUACAUAUAUAAAAUAUACGUAUUUUGCUCGCUGUACUCAACUAGCAUCGAAUCGAGCGAAGAAAAGAAGGAAAGAAGGAGAGAGAGAGAGAGAGAGAGAGAGAGAGAGAGAGUGUCUAAGUUUCUUCCAAAAGAAAGAAAGAAAAAAGUAAUGAUGGCAACCUAUUUCGCGUCAAAUGCACUUUUUAUAUUUUUUAUAGAUCACAUAGUGCAAAGAUCAAUUCCGAAGGAUAUUGAAAAAAAAGCCGGGGUGAACGUUCGACGUGAACGCGUUGAAUUAGAAAACAACUUAUAACGAAAAAAAAAGAAAAAAGAAAGAAAAUUGAGAAAAAUGAUUGAAACAAAAAGAAAAAAAAAAAAGAAAAAAUAGAACAAAAGAAAGAAUAAAUGAAACAAAAAAAAAAACAAUCGUUCUUUCUGAAUUCAAAUUCGGCGCAUUUUUUCGAACGUCCACCGGAAAUAAUUAUAAGGACUUUUAUUAUUAGUGAAUUAAAAGAGCGCGAUCGGUGUAUACACGAAAACUAAACAUAAAGAAAAUUCCAAAACAAACAAACGAAGAAACGAACGAACAAACACAUUUACACAUGCACAUACACAGAAUAAGAAUGAAGCGUACAUUAUGUACACAGAUAAUAAGAGACGGUAUUUGCGUAGUUUUUAGAAAAGAAAGUGAGGAAAUGACUAAAAAAAAAAAAAAGAAAAAAGAAAAAAAAAACAAAAAGGGGAAAAAAAUGGAAAAAAAAGAGAAAAAAGAAAGAAAGAUAGAAAAAAAAAAGAAAAAGAAAGGGAAGAAAGUCAUUUGAUCAAAAAUGAUUGUAGGUAAACGUAUAAAUCUAUACACUAAUAAUUAGUUGAAUAAUUAAUUAAUUAAUACGGCAAUUAUGUCUUAAUUAAUUAAUGCAACUAAUAAUUCCUUCGUAUCGUUAGUACGGACACACGAAAACACACAUAUGAUAUAUAUAUAUAUAGAUAUACAUAUAUAUAUAUUCUUAACUUUGAUAAAUAUAUAGCACGUUGUAUAAGUCGUUAUUAAGCUAUUUGAGCCACGCCUCUCGAAUUUAUACAUAUAUACAUACUUACAUACUUACAUGCGUAGAUAAAAAUCUCUUAUCGAGAGAAGAUGGCGCCGCGAUUGAUUACCAUCAACGGGCAUUUCUUUCUUUCUUUCUUUCUUUUUUUUCUUUUCCUUUCUUUUUUUUCUCUCUUUCGUUUCAAUUUCAUCCGUCAUUACUUUUUCCGAAGAAUAAAAAAUUAUAAUAAUAAUGAUAAUAAUAAUAAUUUGUUUCAUUUAUGUUUUUCUUCCUUUUUUUUUUUUUUUUUUUUAUAAAUAAUCGAUUGCAUCGGGAGAUGAAAAAUUAAUUUCUAUUUGUUAUUAGAAUUAAAAUCUCAAUUUUAUUACGCAUCUUCCAUGACACACUAGCGCUUCCAUUUUUCUUCUCUUGUAUUUUUUUUUUUUUUAUUUUCUUUAAUAUUCAUAUUAUUAUUAUUACUAUUAUUAUUAUUAUUAUUAUUAUUAUUAUUAUUAUUAUUAUUAUUAUCGAUAAAUUUUCGUGCAAUAAUUUUUGUAAAAAUCGUGUAAUCGAGGUGUACUCCCUCUAUCCUUGACACCGUAGAUAUAUACAAAGGGUGUGCUAAAUGUUUUCUAAAUGGAUCAAAAAAAUUCUUAUUUAAUUUUAGAAAAAUCAAUUUACUCUUUCUUCUGAUCUUUUUUUUUAGGCUCGUUGUUACCCUUGCGUAAUUUUACAAGUUGCGUUUAUAAUUUUACAAUGUGAGCAGAACAAAACGAAACAAACCAAAAAGAGAGAGAGAGAGAGAGAGAGAGAGAGAAAUUAGUUUUAAAAGUCUUGAAAAAGAGCUAUUAAUUGAUUUUUGUUAUUAUCAAAGAAUUUUGGAUUCAUUUAUAAAACUUUCGAUGCAUUCCUUGUAUACAUAUAACAUAUACAUAUAUAUGUGUGUACGUGAGUACUUACGUAUAUUUGUGUACGUAAAAAAACAAACGUUUAAUAUGAGCGAAGGUAUAUAACACGAUCGUGCUUAGCAAAAGAUAUAUAUCAAUCAAUAGGAAGCGAGAGAGUGUGAGAGAGAGAGAGAGAGAGAGAGAGAGAGAGAGAGAGAGAGAGAGAGAGAGAGAGAGAGAGAGAGAGAGAGAGAAGAGAAAAGAAUGGUAUUGCGUUGAACGAUGAUAUUUAUUUAUAGUAAGGAUUAUUAUUAAUUAUUUCUUUUACCUUUUUUUUUGCGAUAUUAUACUACACGAUAAGAUAAGUCAUAAUUUUUAUUUACGAUUGCAUUCUUCUUUUCUUUCUUUCUUCCUUUUUUUCUUUCUUUUUUUGAUCUCUCUCUUUCUCUCUCUCUCUCUCUCUCUCUCUCUAUUUUCUUUCUUUUUCCAUCUUCAUUUUUCUUUUCUUCGUCGCCUUUUACCGUCUCUUCUAUUACUUUAAAACAUCAAUUAUAAUUUCUAACGACGUGUAAUAUCUUUGUUCUCCUUUUCAUGUAUAACAUUUAUUAUUAUUAUUACGAUAAUAUCACAAUUGAUAAAUAAAAAGAGAUAUCCUAUAUAUAUAUAUAUAAAUAAAAAAAAUGCAAAAAAAAAAAAAAAGAAAACGAAAAUCUAUUAAACAAAAUGUCUCUAACGAAUUUCCAUUUUAGGGCCAAAUCCGUCAAAACUUUUAAACUCUUUUACUCAAUACGAAUGAAAAAUGUCUCCUAAUGUAACACGAUAAUACAUAUUUGUUUAACAAUAAUAAUAAUAAUAAUAAUAAUAAUAAUAAUAAUAAAAAUAACAUAAUAAUAAUAAUAAUAUUAAUAAUAAUAAUAAUACUAAUAAUAAUAUUGUAAUUGUAAACUGUGCGGAAAAUACAACGUCGUGAGAAAAUUUCGAGACGAUCACC